GUUCAAAAUGCUUCAAUAAUGUAGAAUUUACCUGACAUGUGCAAGUCACGGACUCGCCUGGGAACAAUCAUUUGCCUCCAAUUUUCAAGGAUCCAAUAUAUAAGCACAUUGCUCUCCAGUGUUCAUCAGCACUGUCCGGGCUAGUCCAAGUAUAAUGGAGAUAUCGGAGACUGGCACGUAUAAGCUCAUAUCGUCGAUUGAUCAGACAACGACGAUACUGACAUUGAGAUCGUCAGAGAAGCUUGAUGCUGAGUCGAGCAGUGAAUUAGAACGUAUACUAUCAGUGGGUGAUGCACCGUUGUUUGAGAGAUUCGUGUCUGCGACAUGGAUAGAACUGAGGCUGUUGUUUAACUUGGCAGCUCCAGCAAUCAUAUGUUACAUGAUCAACUAUGUCAUGUCCAUGUCUACGCAAGUGUUUGCAGGGCAUAUUGGCAAUCUUGAGCUUGCGGCAGCCUCUCUUGGCAACAAUGGCAUUCAAACGUUUGCCUACGGUCUCUUGAUAGGAAUGGGCAGCGCGGUUGAAACGCUAUGUGGACAAGCAUAUGGCGCGCACAAAUAUGAAAUGCUAGGCAUUUAUCUGCAGAGAUCAUUCAUCCUCCUCACUCUAACUAGUGUCCUCCUCACAGUCCUUUAUGUUUUCUCCAAGCCAUUCCUUAUAUUACUUGGUGAAACGGAAGAGAUAGCUUCUGCUGCUGCAGUCUUCAUCUUUGGCCUCAUUCCUCAGAUUUUCGCAUAUGCAAUAAACUUUCCUAUACAAAAGUUUCUGCAAGCUCAGAGCAUUGUGAAACCAAGUGCAUAUAUAUCGGCAGCUACACUAGUCCUGCAUCUUGUUUUAACUUACAUUACUAUAUACAAGUUUGGAUUUGGAUUAUUGGGGUCAUCACUCGUGCUGAGCUUUUCUUGGUGGGUAGUUGUAGUUGGCCAGAUUAUUUAUAUAUUGAAGAGUCCAUUGUGUGAGCAUACAUGGACCGGGUUCAGCACAAAAGCAUUUCGGGGGCUUUGGUCCUUCUUUAAGCUAUCAGCUGCUUCUGCAGUUAUGCUGUGCUUAGAGGUGUGGUAUUUUCAGAUUCUGGUUCUGCUGGCUGGCCUGCUUAAACGACCUGAGCUAGCUCUGGAUUCUCUUGCUAUUUGCACUACAAUAAAUGGAUGGGUAUUUACAAUCUCAUGCGGAUUUAAUGCAGCAGCUAGCGUGAGAGUUUCGAAUGAGCUUGGAGCUGGACAUCCAAAGACAGCAGCAUUUUCAGUAGUCAUAGUGAACAUGGUUUCUUUUCUCAUAAAUGUCAUAGCUGCAAUAGUGGUGCUACUAUUGCGCGAUUCUAUAAGCUAUGCAUUCACAGAUGGUGAACAUGUUGCUAUUGCUGUAUCAGAACUUUGCCCCCUUCUGGCCACUGGCCUCAUUCUCAAUGGAAUCCAACCCGUCUUGUCAGGUGUGGCUGUUGGAUGCGGAUGGCAAGCGUUUGUGGCAUAUGUAAAUGUGGGAUGCUAUUACGCAGUUGGUAUCCCACUAGGCGUUUUACUUGGUUUUUACUACGAUUUGGGUGCUAAGGGAAUAUGGUCCGGGAUGAUUGGUGGAACAACAAUGCAAACUCUUAUACUGAUAUGGGCUACAUACCAGACAGACUGGGAAAAAGAGGUGGAUGUAGCUAAAAAGAGAUUGGAUAAAUGGGAUAAUAGGAACAAUAAAGAACCUCUUUUGCUCAAAGAUUAGAGGAAGCUGCAUAAUUUAUAUACACAUCCAUAUAUGCUUGUUCUUCAGUUGGCAUAUCAAUGUGAUCUGGCUUACUUUGUCACACCCAUAUGGCCUCUGGUUGUAGAGCAGUAGCCGGAGCUAGAAAAAUCUGUCAUAUCAUUUAGGUGUAUUUCUCGAAAACUUGCAAGCAAAUAUCUAUACUUUGGAAUUUCAUAAUAAAAAUUCUAAUAAUUUGGAUUCCACA